GAUUGGUCCGUUUCAAACUGAGACCGCGGCAGUGUUGUUGUGAGUGUGUGUGUGAGUGUUAGCGCCAGGUUAGCUCAUAGUUCGUGUGUGGAUCGAAUGCACGGACGCUAACGGUCACGACGAUGGAAAUCUGUCUGAACAGCUCAGCCGAUCGUCGGGAGCGACGGUUAGAAGUUGACGACUUGAAGGGAAACUUUUCGUCAGAAUUCACCUUCUUACCAAACUCGCAGCAGUCCAUCCUGGAGGAGCGAGAACACCUGCAGGUUUACCUGAGGAUCAGACCCUUCACGUCAGCCGAGCGUAACAGCACAGAGUCACAGGACUGUGUGUCCAUCGAGUCUGCAGACACUGUCCUGCUGAAGCCUCCCAGUGUGUCUCUGUCAGCGAGGCUGAGUGUGGACAGAUCACUGCCACACACUGGACAACGCUUCCAGUUCUCUAAGGUCUUUGGUCCAGAGACGACACAGAGGGAGCUGUUUGAAGGGACGGUGAAGGAUCUGGUCAGAGACGUCCUGCAUGGAGCCAACUCUCUGCUCUUCACGUACGGCGUCACCAACGCUGGCAAAACCUUCACCUUCCUGGGUCCAGAUGCUGACGCUGGGAUCCUGCCCAGGUCUCUGGACCUGAUCUUCAACAGCAUUGACGAGCGUGUCUUCACGGGGACCGGCAUCAAACCUCAGCGCUGCAGAGAGUUCAGCAGACUGAGCACAGAGCAGCAGGUGGAGGAGGCGGCGUUCAAGAGGAACCUCUUCAGACAGCUAAAAGAGAGUGAGCGGAGCAACGUCAGCCUCCUGAACUCCACCAAUAAGACUCUGCUUGAAGGAGCGUCCAUGUUGGGAACAAACGUGGCAGCAGAGGACAAAAUCAGCCUGGAGAUGCCGCCGCACACCAAGUUCUCUGUCUGGGUUUCCUUCUGCGAAAUCUACAACGAGAACAUCCACGACCUCUUGGAGGUUUUGCCCAGUGGCGCCCCCAGGAGGACGGUGCUGCGUUUGUCACAAGACGUCAAGGGCAACGCUUUUGUCAAAGAUCUUCGCUGGGUUCAGGUGACCAGCGCAGAAGAAGCUUUCAAGGUGAUGAAGUUUGGUAAGAAGAACCAGAGCUUCUCCUCCACCAGACUCAACCAGGUCUCCAGCAGAAGUCACAGUGUUUUUUCUGUUCGUGUGCUGAAGUUGGAGGACGUUGGAACUCCACGUGUUCACACAGUCAGUGAGUUGUGUCUCUGUGAUCUGGCCGGAUCAGAGCGAUGCGCCAAGACGCAGAACAGAGGCGAGCGUCUGAAAGAAGCGGGGAACAUCAACACGUCCAUGCUCAUCCUGGGGAAAUGUAUCAACGCUCUACGACACAAUCAACAGGCCAAGCUGCUCCAGCACGUUCCCUUCAGAGAGAGUAAACUCACUCACUACCUGCAGAGUUUCUUCUGUGGUCGAGGUAAAGCCUGCAUGAUCGUCAACAUCAACCAGUGUGCAUCCAUGUACGACGAGACCCUCAAUGUCCUCAAGUUCUCCGCUGUGGCACAGAAGGUUGUGGUUCUGACCACGAAGCCUCUUCCCAUCAAACCCCUCAGGUCUGCCAGUGAGGUCUGCACUCCUCGCAGCAGCAGCAGGAGGAGCUCUUUGAACGGCUGGGAGAGCAGCCUGGAGGACGUUCAGGAGGACAUGGACGAGGACAGCCUGAUGGAGACCACGGUGGAUCCAAGUGGAAAUGAAGAAGGUGGCAAAGAAAACGACGAGAAAAUCCUCAUCAGUAAAGUGACGCAGCAGAGGCAGGUGGCGCUGUUGAAGCAGCUCCAGCUGCAGCUGAAGAAGGAGCGAGCGGAGGGUUUGCUGAUGGAGGCUCGAGUGAGGGAGGAAAUCAGCAGAGAGUUCUCUGAACUUUUCUCCGACAUGCAGAAGGACUACAAUGAACGCCUUGCGAGGGAAAGAGAAAUCUUAGAGGGGCGAGCAGAACGGCGGAUGGAGAUCUUCAAGAACCUCAUCGACAACAUGACCAAUGCAGGAAGCAGUUACGAUGCAAAGGACUUGGACAAAUCUCUGGACCCUCACUCCACUGAACUGGUGGAAAUGAAGAUGGCUGCCGAGGCCGCCCGCACAGCGUCCUGGGAAGACAGAGGCAGCGCUGUGGAGGAGCUGAAGACGAAGAUGUUGGAGACGCACGAGGAACAAACGGCUCGCAAACGCAAAGGUGAAACCAGCAGAGAUGAGGAGGAGGGAGAGAAAAGGAAAUUCCUGCUUCAGUCUUCACAGAUUUCUCUGGUGGAGGACGGGAGACAAAGAGAUCAGCUGCAGGAGGCUCUGUCCACUCUGGAGAAGGAGAAGAAAGCCAGAGAAGAUGUCCUUGCUGCUCUGGAGUUCCAGACUCUGGGCAAAGAGGAGGCGCUGGCGUCCGUAGUGGAGGAGAGGAAAGCAAAAGAGGAGGCGCUGGCGACGGUCAGAGAGCUGAGAAGAGACAGAGACGAGGCCGCGGCCGCCCUGAGAGAAAUGAAGCAGAGCAGAGAUGACGGAGAGAAGGCGUUUCUGGAGAGACUGGUGAAGGAGAGAGAGCAGCAGCAGCAGGAGGUCAGAGAGCUGGCCGCCAAACUGGACCUCAGUGAGAAAAAGGUGACGAGCGAGGAGGAGCGAGCCUCACAGGCGUCACUUCAGCUGCAGACCGCUCGAGCACAACUGGACCAACGUUUGAAGGAAAUCCAGGAGAAGAAUUCCCAGAUCCUCUCUCUGAAACAGGAGCUGCAGGCCGAGACAGAUUUGUCCUCCAGCGAUGAGCCCAAACGCCAGGUGUCGGAGCUCCAGAGGAAUCUGGCUGACGAGAAGGAGAAAAGCGAGAGCAGGCGUCUGCAGAUUCUGGAGCUGGAGCGUGAGCUGGUGCAGACCAAAGAACAGCUGGAGACCAUCAACGAUGAGCAGGAUGCGCCAAAUCUGCAACUCAACGAGCUGAGGACAAAGUUUCAGGAGCGAGAGGAGAUCAUCUCCACGCUGGAGAAUCAGGAGCGAGAUGCUAAAGAACAAGCAGAGCUGCUCAGAACAAAGCUUCAGGAACGAGAGGAGAUCAUCUCCACGCUGGAGAAUCAGGAGCGAGAUGCUAAAGAACAAGCAGAGCUGCUAAGAACAAAGCUUCAGGAACGAGAGGAGAUCAUCUCCACGCUGGAGAAUCAGGAGCGAGAUGCUAAAGAACAAGCAGAGCUGCGAAGAACAAAGCUUCAGGAACGAGAGGAGAUCAUCUCCACGCUGGAGAAUCAGGAGCGAGAUGCUAAAGAACAAGCAGAGCUGCUAAGAACAAAGCUUCAGGAACGAGAGGAGAUCAUCUCCACGCUGGAGAAUCAGGAGCGAGAUGCUAAAGAACAAGCAGAGCUGCUAAGAACAAAGCUUCAGGAACGAGAGGAGAUCAUCUCCACGCUGGAGAAUCAGGAGCGAGAUGCUAAAGAACAAGCAGAGCUGCUAAGAACAAAGCUUCAGGAACGAGAGGAGAUCAUCUCCACGCUGGAGAAUCAGGAGAACGUUUCCACUGGAGAAGCAGAUCAGCUGAGGUUGAAGCUGAAGGAACAACAGGUGGAGUCACAGAAGCUCCUUGAAGAGCUUAAACACGACCUGAAGCACCAGCAGGAAACUUCGAACAAACUCGUCACUGAUUUGAAGCAGAAGUUUUGUGAAGAGGAGAAAACUGUGGAGCUGCUCAGAACUGAGCUUGAAGAAGCUCGGCUCAAACGUUCCUCCCGCUCUGCUGCUGCUGAAGAAGAGCUCAGGAGGUCUAACUCUGAACUGCAGACAGAGGUGGCUUCCCUGAGGUCAAAGGUCGCAGACAUCGAGGAGGUGAAAGCAUCAGAAGCUCAGUCCACGUCUGAAACGGACAAACGGAUGGAGGACAAGCCGGCAGCGUGUGCAGAUCUGCAGAAGAAGCUGCAGGAAAUGGAGGCACAGCUGACGUCCCUGCAGAAGAGCCUGAAGGAGGCGCAGGAGCGCCGGGACGAGGAGGAGAUUCAGGUGGUCCAGGAGGCUCGGCGGCGGGAGGCGGAGCGUCGCAGGGAACUGCUGGCCGUGGCUCACGAGGCCAUCGCUCAGAAAGACGAGGAGCUGGAGAAGAGAGCGGAGGAGAUCAUCAGACUGAAGGAAAACGCCACGCAGGACUCAGAGAAAGUGACGAGCCUCGGUGUGGACCUUCAGAGGAAAGAGGACGAGGUGUCGGACAUGAGAGAGAAACUCGCCGACUAUAAGAAGCAGAUCCAGCAGGUUCACAAGGAGGUUUCUGUCAUGAGGGAAGACGAGAAGCUUCUGAGGCAGAGACUGAACGACGCAGAGAAAAGCAGGAAGCAGCUUCAGUGUGACGUGGCCAGCAGAGACAGAAGCAUUCAGCAGCUCAGAGCGGAACAAUCCUCCGACAGCAGGUCUGAGCGGAACACCUGUGCAGACCUGCAGGCUAAAGAGCGUGUGAUGGAGGACAUGCGUUUGGCUCUGACGGAGCAGGAGGAGACGCAGACGCAGAUGGAGGAGGUUCUGGAGGAGAAGCUCCACCGCAUCCAGGAACUCUCUGAAGAAGUGGAGAGACUUAAAGCGUCGCAGGGCGGCGGCGGCGGCGCUCGGGUGGAAACACAGUCACAUGACCUCAGCCUGGUCAGACAGGAAGCUGCGAAGGCUCAGGAACAACUGAAGCUGUGCACAGACAAACAUCAGGCCGAGAGAAGGAAGUGGCUGGAGGAGAAACUGUCUCUGAUUGGUCAGGCUAAAGAGGCCGAGGACAAGAGGAACCAGGAGAUGAGGAAGUUUGUCGACGACAGAGAGCGAUACGUGCGACAGCAGAGUCGUAUGGAGAGUGAACUCUCUGAGAAGGAGCAGACGAUGGACAUGUGGAGGACAGAGAGGGACACACUGGUCUCUGCUCUGGAGGUUCAGCUCCACAAACUCCUCAGCAGCCAAGCACAAAAAGACAAAGAGAUCCAGGAGCUGCGCCGCAACACCACACAACCACCAGCAGAGGGUGAUGGUGGCGUUGCCGUGGGGGAGCUGCAGGCUGCUCUGCGUGAGCGAGACGCAGACGUCCAGAGACUGAAGGAGGAGCUGAAGACGAUGAGAGACACAGAGGUCACAGAGGCUAACAGCAGUGAAAGCCCUGCUGCUCUGGCAGGGAAACCCCACAGCCUCGCCGUCAACAGAAAGUCUGCAGAACGGCGGGAAACCAGAGCGUCGGUCAGCAGUCAGGGCUCCUCCGGUUUUCCCUCCAUCCUGGAGUCGUCGGAGAUUUCCACGGAGAACGGCCGGAUGAGGCGCUUCCCUCGACCCGAGCUGGAGAUCUCCUUCAGCCCACUGCAGCCCAACCGCAUGGCCCUGCGUCGCCAGGGCGACGACAACGCCGUCACCGUCAAGAUCACGCGCUCGGCGCGUAAGAGGAAGAGCGGCGAGAUGGAGAAGUCUCAUAUUUUCAGGAGGAGUAAACGACAAACGACACGCGAGGAGGAGGUGGAGGCAGAGAACAGGAGGAACACGAGGACCAAAGUGCCGCCAAAGCUGACCCCACACAAAGAGGAGAGCUCCUCCCCCGCCGGUCGCGUUGACUCCCGCAGCAGGAAGGAGGGAACGCUGCAGAAGAUCGGAGACUUCCUGCAGAGCUCGCCAACGCUGCUCGGCACCAAAGCAAAAAAGAUGGUCGGUCUGAUGAGUGGACGCAGUGAAGCAGAGUCUUCAUCCUCGUCUUCAUCACUGAGUCUGAGAGCGAAGAAGAACAAACGUAAACUGUACAGACCUGAGAUUUCAUCACCGAUGGAUCUGCAGUCAAACACUAUCAUCAGUUUGGAUCCAGAGGAGCGAGAGCGAGAGAGCGACCAUCAGAUCAUUAAGAGACGUCUUCGCUCCAGGAUUCUCAAAUAAUUCACCUCUGUUAUUUAAACAAGUUUUUUUUAUAUGUUUUUUAAGAAUAGUUCUCAUUGUGUUAUUGAUCUCCGUGUCUGUGAUGAAGGUAAAUCACUUAGUUAAGCUUUUACUUUAUAUUAGUGAUCAAUAAUCAGCUGUUAGCUAAUGCUAUAUCCACACCGCUGUUACUACACUUUUAUAUCUCUGUUCACUUUAUAGACAAAAUACUGACUUUUACUUUGAAGUGCAAUUCAUUCCUUGUGUUUAUUUCCUGUGCUCGAGUGAACGCAGGUUUGUUUUUGUUGGUUUUUUUACAUCGUGUUUUUGUUCUGCAGCGGCAAAACAAGUGUCUCCUCACACUCCCACUGCACUUUAUCUUCAACAACAGGAACAGGAAGUGACAUGGGCGUCACAUGACACACGCCGAAGAUCGCAGUUUCUGCCCCGCAGCCGUGUUAAAGCUGCCUGACGUUAAAUUCUGCACUUUUCUGUUCAAACGUUUGUUCGUUAAAAACGUUAAAUCAACUUUAACAAUUAAAAAAUACAAA